CCCCGCAGGCCGUCUCUCUCGCACUCGCGGCUCGCGGCGUGGGGCCGCGGACGCUUCACCCCGCGUGGUACUCUGCAAAUAAUUAGUCGAGUGUGAGAGGGCGAACGCGUUCUGGGAAGGGCUGGGCGCUUCCGCUGUCUCGCUUCACUGGACCACACUGUACGCCGGCCGGGCUGCCGCUGGCUGCCGCCCCCGCAGGGCAGGCCGUCGUGGUGUUUCAUCCAUUUGGCUCGCCUUGUCGCCGCGAGGGCAGUGUGGCAGUGUGCACAGUGUGGGAGGCGGCAGGCCCGAGGCCCGCGAGGGACCCAGCGAGGAUGGGGCCGGCGCAGUCUUAGAUUUCGCUCCAACUAGAGCUAGGCGGCCCAAUUGUCCCGGCCUCAGCCAAGGCCCCGGCACGACGGCACGAGAGGAGGAGGGCUCCAGCGAGCUCACGGCGUUCGUGUCUCGUUGUAGUGCUGCGAGUUGGAUCUGAGGGUGGCCGCUGCUGCCCGUUCAAACUGUGGGUGCCAAGUAUAUGUGGUGGCUCGAUGGACUCGAAUCCAGCCAUCUUAUGGAAUGGGUUCAGCCCGAGAACGACGAUGGGCCGCUUAAUGAGGAGGCUGGCCGUGAGGAGGAAGAAGAGGAGGAGGAGGAGGGUGAGCGGGAGAACGGAGGCGUGCCCGCGUGGUCAGCUUCGUUCGAACGUCUCCUCGAGGACCCGGCGGGACUGCAUACAUUUGCUGAAUUUUUGAAGAAGGAGUUUUCCCAUGAAAACAUCUACUUUUGGGUGGCUUGUGAGAGAUACCGGCAUAUUGAAAAUGCCGCCGAACGCAUGUCUGAGGCUCAAGCUAUAUUUGACAAACACCUUUGUUUAGGUGCCCCUGAACCUGUCAAUGUAGAUUCACAUGCUAGACAAGUCACUCAGGAACAAUUGGGAAAUGCACUGCCGGAUCUGUUUUUGCAGGCUCAGAAGCAGAUAUUUAAUCUAAUGAAGUUUGAUAGCUAUCCUCGUUUUAUAAAGUCAGAACUGUACAAAGAGUGUCUUCUUCGUGAGAUAUCUGGUCAAGAGUUGCCUUUCAAUGGUAGUACUGAAUUAGACCAAGGGCUGAAACUGGAGCGGCCAAAUAAGUUAAAAAAGAGCAGGAGUGAUGCUGAAGAUCGCCGCCGAAAGUCUCUGUUGCCGUGGCACAGGAAAAAUCGGUCUAAAUCAAAGGACCGUGGUGAAUCUGAAUACUCCAAGGCAAGAACGCGAAGGGAACAGUUUGAUACUGUUUCUAUUCGGUCAGAUGUGACUAGCAGUCGUUCAUCUUUGGCAUCAUGGGACCUUGCUCUAAGAGGCUCUCUUAGUAGACAAUCUGUAACAUCUGGAGAUACUUCUGAACGAGAAAAUUCGUCCCUCUGUCGUGUGAUCCUGCCGGACGGGGCCACCACUGUUGUUCAGACUAAAUACAAUGAAACAGUAUCAGACCUAGUUCAGAGACUGUUAGAAAAGCGGGGACUUAACUACCAGCACUUCCAGGUCUUUGUUGGGAGCAACCCAAAAGCUGUUGCUCUGGAUGAAGUUUCUUCAAUUCUGAGCAACAAAGAAGUGAGAGUAGAACCAAGAGUAGUUUUCCGUUUAGAUCUACCAAAUCGCAAAACAGUUGGAGUGAAGUCUAGGCCAGGUAAAACUCUAGGAGAGGUCUUGCGGCCCGUGUUGCACAAGUAUGGCUACCGGCUUCACUUGGUGACCGUCUGUUUGAUGAGUGAAAAUGAAGUUGUUAGCCUGGGAACUCCUGUCUCAUCAGUUGACAACCAGCGACUUCAAGUUCUCACUCGCAGCCCUGAAGAGGUUUCACUUGCUACAAGAGCAGCUCAUUCCACUUCAGGAUUAAAUGGAACGUUAUUGAAUAAUUCCGUCAGUAGCACUACCUCCACACUAAUGGCAGCUCCACCACCUCCUCCCCCCGCCACGCCUUCUGCAUCACUUGACGAAAUCACCAAUCGUGUUUUUGAGGAGCUUCUACAAGGCAAAGCCACCCCCUCAACUCGCCCUGCUUCAGACCAAGGCUCUGUUCGGUCUGAAGAUUGGGGCUCCGAACAUUCAUCUGGUAUCUUUGGCCGUUUCUUAAGAAGAGAUUCAACAUAUCAUGACAAAUCUAAAGAUUUUAGGGGGAAAGGAAAUAAAAAGUUUUCAAGCAGUGCGGGCAGUGCCAAAGGUUCCAAUACAACUAUUUGCAGUGUGGGAUCGACCGCACCAACCAAACCAGCGCCCCCUCCCCCUACUACCAAACCACCACUGAUUGCCAAGUGGAAACCUGGUGCUAAAUUAUUAGGACAAUCCGAAAGUGAUGAGCUGUAUGAAGGCCUCAAGAGAGCUCAAAGAAGUCGGCUGGAAGACCAAAGAGGAACUGAGAUCAAUUUUGAGCUGCCUGAUUUUUUGAAGGAUAAGGAGAAUGCUCCUCAGAGCUCAAAGAAGCUAAAAAAAUUCUUGCAGCCCCGGAGGGAUGGUACCAGCAGUGUCUCAGGCCAUGAGGCUCAGAGUGGAGCUUCUAGCAAUGACAGCAAUCGUUCCUCUUCCCUCAAGCACAACCACGCGACCUACAGCCUGGACAGCCUGCUCGGGGUGGGGCACUGUAACGGCAACGGCAGUGGCGGCAGCGAGCCGGACGUCCGCCUGGCUUUGACGUUGACGUCGCCCUGCAAGCCCUGCGCCGACAGGGACAGGGACAGGGACUUGCCGGCCAUGGCCAUGCCGGGCUCCGGCCCGGAGGGUGAGGCCGCUGGCCCAGGCUCGCACCAGGGUCUGCUGGGCCGCGGCUUUGACGGCUUUGGCCCGGACUCGUACGCGGUGCUUCCCUCCCCCAGGCAGGCUGAGGAUUAUUUCUCAGGUUGCUUGGCAUCUGACAACUCACCCUCCAGUCUUCCUGUCCUGUCGCGACUCAGUGACCCACCUCCACUUCCCCCCAAGCCCAAGUACCUGCGAGCCCCUGCCCCUGCACCGCCCAGAGUUCCAGCGGGAGAAAUUACAAAUCGCCAGGAGACUGUUAUGCCAUUGAUGCCCCCGCCAUCUCAGCCCAGACGCCCCCUAUUUAUGGAAGAGAAUGUGAGCAGUUUUGUUUGAAGUUGCUCUUGUGGUUGUGAAAAUUCUGCAAUUGAACCUAACAUCAUCUCCAAUAGUAAUGUUUAAAAUAUCAUUGUGUAUGAUUUUCGAUACUCCUUCCUCUUUAUUACAGCUGUUCCUUUUGAAAAACCCACAGCAGUUAUGAUUAUGAAACAACAAAAAUCUUACUGCCAAAGGAAGUGUGUUUUACUUGUAUGUGUGUGUAUUUGAGCCGAACUAAUUUUAUUUUGUGUGACUGUAUUAUGUUAAGUGAAUUGCUUUUGCCAUUCAAGUCUGUAAAAUAAUUGAUGACAUUCUUGAAAAAUGUCUUAAUUGCCAUCUGUGAUUAUUUGGUGCAGCCAUAUACUACAGAUAAGUUGUGAAUAUAGUUUUGUGCUCUCAACAUCAGCCAUUUAUGUGAAUGAAUGAUGCAAAACAUAUCAGAUGAUUUUAUUUAUUGUAAAUAAAUAUAUUGUAAGAUAAUCACUUGUCACACUCGCCCCCAGUACAUUAUUUUUUUCCAUGAUAAUUGAAUCUCCAUUGCUAUAAAUAUUAAUUGCAUUUGCACAGUUGGCCUUUGCAUUUUGGAUCAUCUUUCUAUUUGAAGACUGUUAAAUUAAUUGACUCCCACUCUGCGGAAUGUAUAUCCAUCAUGUUAGUGGGUUUUGUUGUGAAUUUGUUAGGAUGUUUGUUCUGGAAUUUAUUUAUUAUUGUCCAAUGACUAGAUUCAGAAGCACUUUUUGACAGAAUGAUUGAGAUCUUUUGCUAUCUAAUUUACCACUAAAUGGUAAAGUACUGUUAUAUAAUGUACAAUGCUAACUUGAGCACUCCAGAAGCAGAGAGAUGUGUCCCAAUAAAAUUGUGGCUUGUUUCCUGUUGUGGGUGGUGAAUUAAUUUUGUUCUGCCUCAUGCUCCUGUUGAUACAUCUCUGUACUUCUGGGGUGCUCUACUUUGUUAUUAGAGAGCAUACUAUAUCAUUUUGUAUAGCUGAUGCUGUGUCAAUUUUAAACAAAGAACAGUUUGUAUUUUUAUGUCCGUAAGCUAAAAAUGAGUUAUUUAUUGCAGAAAUAUAAGACACUAUAUUGCCUGAUAA